GCUUCCGUGGCAUGCUGAGGGAUAAGUAUGGCCUGCCCAGCAGGCCCUGCGUGGACGCUGCACUACACCUCUUCUGCCCCUGCUGUGCCUUUGCUCAGGAGUACCGAGAACUCAAAGCCAGGGGGUGGGACCCACGUCUAGCACAAGAUAUGCUGUCCUGCACUGCUUCCCUUGACUCUGCUCAACUUGCUGCUCAAGGAAAGUCCCUUUUUCAUUUUCUAGAAGACAAAUCUGCUGCUUAUGCUGGAAUUGGAAGCAGCAUCCCCCAGCACCAGGUGGACCAGGCAGCACCACAGUAUGGUGCACAGCUGGCAUUGGAGCGAGUUAGCUCGGCCCCUGUUCCGAUCCUUCAAGAAGGAUUCCACGGCCAUGCUUUUGAGGACUUUGACGAUGGGUUUGCUGCAGGUCUAUGGUCCAGCCACCCUCAGCAGGGAAUCUUAAUGGAUUCUAUGCAGGUUGAUGGGAGUCAGAAUGAAGCUGGUCACGAAUCGGAGUUGUUAGCUAUUGCUGCUCUACCUGGGUCCAGCUACAUGGCUAUGGUGACAGGAGAAAAGGACAUCCGGGAUGCUGAUUGUACUCACUUGGGAGUGCAAUUACCCCCGUUUGAUGGCAAGAGCAGUGUUGUUGCUGGAGGUGGUGGUGAUGAUGACGACCCGAAGAAGAAUGAAGCAGAGCCUGAAGCCAAGUCUGUACCGAAUAUGUCUUUCAUUCUUGAGGCUGCGCAAGAGUUGCUGAUGGAGGUGAAGAGGUUGCUGAAGAGCAGCAAGUGGGACACGCGUGUGGCUGCAGCCAAGGCGUUAGGGUACAUAGCUCGGAACACACCACAUCCCACAGUGCAGGACCUGCAGAUUGCUGCUUCCACUGUAUCUGGUGAUGAAGGAGCAAUAGCAGCACGUACUGGCACUGCUUCUGCAGCCGCUGAUGGCGAAGGUGCUGCACCAGCUGCUGUAGAACCUACUGCUGCGGGUGGCGGCUUGCGCUUCGAGGGCUUUGACAUUGGUCGUGUGUUGGACAAUGGAGCACCGCUUGUGGCAUCAGCUGGCAAGGAAUAUGAUAUUGCAGCAGUUGGGCGAGGGGGAAAGGAGGCGAUUGCCAAGCAAAAGCAAUCCCUACGACGGAGACUAGGUCUGGACGAGUGUGAGCGAUUCAUGGAUGUAAGCGAUAUCAUUAGAGACGAGGAUCUGGAAGCACCAGCGCAAGCAGCAGCACCACCAGCAACAGGUUCAUCAAACCCCGCUGCAGCAGCUGGCGGCAAGCAGAAGCAGAAGCGAGAAGGUACAGCUGGAAUCAAGCGUGGAGCGCAGGAUCUAAUGGCUGAGAUGCUGCCAAGUGGCACCAGUCCGGGGGUUGGUGAUGGUGGCAGUUCUGCUGGUUGUGGAUCACCCGCUUUGUCGAAGUCCCUCAGUGCAAGGGAGAGAAACAUGCUGAAGCGGAAGGCGAAGAGCAUGAGCAAGGACGGGGGGAAGAGAGGAGUAGGGGCUCAUGGUGAUGGUGGGGUGGGGGAGGUGGAUGAGGAUGAGGAUGGAGGGGAAGGGGAGCGGGGAGGCAGGAAGAAGAUGCGGACAAAGAGUGUGGUUUCAGAUGGGAAGGAGGACAAUAAGAUCACAGUAGAGCAGGUGGCAGCAGAGGGGGAUGAUUGGGAGGAAGAGGAGGAGGAGGAGGGGGAAUGGCCCUUGCAGGCGCUGUGUGAACAACUGCUCACAGACAUGUUUCACCCAGUGUGGGAGGUACGUCACGGCAGUAUUCUUGCCCUCAGGGAGGUUGUAUCCGCGCAUGGGAACUGUGCUGCAGUCUGCCGCCCAAUAGUUCCUUCUAAGUGGGCCAGCGCCAAUGGGAAGGAGGAGAGGGAAGAUGGGAAGGGGAAGAUGGAGCUGGAAGUGGUGAAGGAGGAGGAUGAUGGCAAGACUGUGCCAGAAAUGAGGGAGCUGGACGUGUCUUUGGUCAAGGCGCCGGUGGUGAGGUCGGAAAAGGAGGAAGAAGAGGUUAAUGAUGAAAUGGAGGGAGUGAAUCAUCGGGGUAUUACAAAAGAGGAACGUGGGGAGGAAGGAUUGGGGGGUGUGAAGCGGGAAGUAAAAGAAGAGGAGUGUGUGAGUAAGCAAAUGGUAGCUGUGAAGAGGGAGGCUGAGGCGGAGACUUCUCCAAAGGCAGAGGUGAAAGAUGAGGCGAAAUGUGAAGAGGACGAUAUGAAAACGAGAGCAAAGGAGGAAGUGAAAGUAGAGGAUGAGAUGGAAGUAAAGGAGGAACGACUGGAGGGAGUCAAGAGGGAAGCGAAGGCAGAGACGAAGGAAGGGAGUGGUGGCUGGCUAGGCCUCUCUAUGGGCUCUGAGACGCCUAAAGAAAGCAAUGGAGAGUCCGCAUUUGGGGACAAGCUUGCUGCUCCUGCUGGGGUGUGUGUGAAGGAGGAGGCAGGAGAAGGGGGCGGGAAGGGGGAGGAGGAUAACCGAGCUGAACGAUCUGGAUUUGACUUGAACGAGUUGAUGGUCUGUAAGAGGGAGGACACUGCAGGUGUGACGAAUCAAGAGGGCGUCAUUAACCAAAAUUCUGGAGGGAGGGCGCGUAUGGGCUUGGACUUGCAUCUUUCUGAUGGCAUGCAAUCAGAAGAGAUGGGAGAGGGGUCGGUACGAAAUUUGGAGAAUGAAGGGAGUAUUGAGGGGAGUAAGGUAGAAGCCAAGACGGAUAGGAGUGAAGAGAAGAGCAAGUGUGAGGAAAGUGAGAAUGCUGUGGGAAAGGGGUUGGAUCUGAACAUGGAAGUUUCCGAGGAAGCAAAUGAGGGGAAACCUGUGGAUGAGGGGGAAGUGGCAGAGGAGAAGAAUGGAGAAGAGAAGGAGAGUGCGCUGGUGGUGGCACAACCUGUGAGGGCGGCGGAGAGAGGUGCAAUGCCGACAAUGGAAUCUGCAAGGAAGGCACAGUUAGCUAUAGAAGCUGCCAGGAAGGCACAGGCGGAUAAUGAGCUGUUUUUGGAGGACUGUGCCAUUCGGCUGCUAUGCAUCUUCGCUUUGGACAGGUUGGAAGACUUUGUGUCGGACCAGGUGGUGGCACCAGUGCGGGAGGCGUGUGGACAGGCGCUGGGAGUGGUGCUCAAAUACCUGCCCUCCAGGGCUGUUGCUCGCACACUUGAUGUGCUGCUGCAAAUGCAGAACCGAUCAGAGUGGGAAGUGCGGCACGGGGCCCUGCUUGGCAUCAAGUACCUCAUAGCAGUGCGCCAGGAGCUACUGCCCUCCCUGCUGCCCUCGCUCCUCCCCGCCUGCAUGCGCGCGCUGCAAGACUCAGAUGAUGAUGUGAGGGCUGUGGCAGCAGAGGCGCUGCUGCCAGCUGCUAAGACCGUGGGGGAGGGCGUGGACGAAAGUGAUUUAAGGCAGCUGAUGCGGCUGCUGUGGGGGAUUUUAUCAGAACUUGAUGACCUCAGUCCGUCCACUAGCAGUGUCAUGACCCUCCUCGCUGAGCUGCAUGCCCUUCCUCGAGUUGCUGCCCUCUGGACCGUUUCUCCACCUGCUGGUGCUUCAGCUGAUGCUAAACCUGCUGCUGCUGCGGAUGUUGCUGCUGCUGGUAUGACUGCUGCUGCUUCUGCUGGUGGACAAGUGGAGGGCGAUGAGGAGUUGGGCGAAGAUGAUGACCUCGAUGACAAGGAAGAGGAGGAGAAUCUAGCUUUAAAUGGGAGUAAACCAAAGCACAACAAAGAUGUUGCUGCCGGCACUGCUGCUGUUGGUGCUGGAAGGGACUCUUUGCCGCCCUUAGUGGUUCUCGUCCGUCGAUUAUGGCCGUUGAUGCGACACACCAUCUCUGCUGUCCGACUUGCUGCUGUUUCCACUCUCGAGAGGCUCCUUCAAUCCACUGGCACCUCGUCAGCAGAUUCCAGCUCAACAUUACCCUGGGUGGCUGACGUGUUAGUGGACGCGCUGGCAUGUAUUCUCCGCAAUCUGAUUUUGGAGACCCGCCCCACGGCUCUUGCUGUCUCUCGCCGUGUCUGGCCUCUGCUCUUGCAACAGCUCAUCGCCACACCGCCUGGUAGCUCCAUUAACACCUUCCUCCUCUUUGCCACAUCGUCACCGGCAGCUCAAGGGACAGCCAGCAGAGGCAUGCGGACGGAGGGAAUGGGGAGGGGAAGGGGUAGAGGGGGAAGGGGAAAGGGCAAGGGGAAGGAGUUGGAAGGUGUAGCAGCAGGAUCUAGUGCAGGGAGCUCUGCUGCUGCUGGCAGUGCGCUGGGGAGCGGUGGUAGUGGGGUGGUGGUGGUAGGGGCUGAAGGCGAGAGUGCAGCUGUGCGCAUGAGAGUGGACACAAGCCAAGCCAUGGGGCUGCUGCUCUCCUUCUGGCCUGUUGACCAGCUGGAAGGCGGGGUAGCCCCGUUGAUAUCCCUCCUGGAGUCCGUGGCUGCCACACAAAAGCAGGCCAACAUGCACACAUCCGUCACAGCAACAGUGGCGACAGCAGCAGUACGAGUUGCCCCAAGUCUGCCUUCCAAGCUCAACCCCAUCAUACAACCACUCAUGGCUGCACUCAAGCGAGAAAGGGAGGAGCUUCUGCAGCAGUGUGUAGCGAGCGGCCUCGCAUCCGUCAUCCUGCGCUCCUUGGACCGCCGCCCUUCCCCCAACGACAGGCUUCUCAAGAAUCUAUCUACACUCGCCUGCUCCGACCCCUCUCAGUGCCCACCACCCUGUGAUGCCAAUAGGGAGGCGGAUGACCCCCUGGAUCCCACCCUCGCCAUGCCUGCUCCGCCUGGAGCUGGGGGACCAGCUGCAAGAGGAGCAGCUGGUGUGAUUGUAAAAGGGGACGGGGCAGCAGGGUCGCUGGAAGCCAUGAUUGGCCGCAGAGGAGCCGAGCUGUCUUUUAGAGCCUUGGCGGACAGCCUUGGCCCAGACCUUUUUACAAAGCUGCCGAAGCUGUGGGGUCUCCUCACUGAGGUCUGGAAGCCCGGAGAGUCAGAGGGAGGUGGUAGCACAGGGAAGUGCGAUGAGAAAGAACUGUUCAAAGCAGAUCCACUGGCACUGGUCAACACCUUUCAACUCAUCCGGUGCCUAGCCCUUGUCCUCCACACGUCCCUUAUCCCCCAACUGCUCCUCCUCCUUCCACCAGUUCUCUGUUGCACUCGCCAUCCCCAUGCUGCUGUCCGAUUCGCCUCAGCCCAGUGCCUGGCAGCACUUGUGUCUCUUCCGUCCGCAGAGCAAACUGUUCUCUCUGCCAUUCUCACUCAUGUCAUUCCUCAGCUCACCAACACACUCUCUGAACCAGCCCGUCGCGGUGCAGCAAGUGUUGUUUCCUCGUUAGUCAACACCCAAGGCGAGAUGCUAGCACCAUACGCUGCACUCCUAGUCGUUCCCCUCCUAGCUCGGAUGUCCGACCCUAGUCCGCAGGUGCGGCAGCUGGUGACACAGAGCUUUGCCAGGCUCGUGCCUCUACUGCCUCUGGCCCGAGGGCUGCCCUUACCAGCAUUUUUGGACAAGGAAGGUGCAAGGAAGGCUCGGGAGGAUGCUCGGUUCCUGGAGCAGCUUCUGGAUAAUCGCAAGGCGGAUGAUUACCAGCUGCAAGUGAAGCUGUCGGUGACCCUGAGAAGGUACCAGCAGGAGGGCGUCAACUGGUUGGCGUUUCUGCGGCGCUUCCACCUGCAUGGGGUGCUGUGUGACGACAUGGGGCUGGGCAAGACCCUCCAGGCCUCCUCCAUGCUCGCCUCAGACACAAUCGAGCGCCACGCUGCUGCCCGUGCAGCUGCUAGCGGGCCUACUUCUGCUGCUGAUCGUGCUCCACCUGGUGCUUCUGGAUUCGGAGUUGCGCCCACGCCUCUCCUCCCAUCUCUCAUCGUUUGCCCGCCCACGCUUGUUGCUCACUGGGUCUAUGAGAUUGAGAAGUACAUUCCUCCUGGGAUAUUCUCCCCACUGCAGUAUGCAGGCAGCGUUGCCGACCGGCAGAGGAUGCGGGGGCAGCUGAGAAAGCACAACCUGGUGGUAACCUCGUACGAGGUGUUACGAAGCGACAUUGAUGAGCUGGCAGCCAUCACGUGGCGGUACUGUGUGCUGGACGAGGGCCAUCUGAUCAAGGGCGCCAAGACGCGGCUGUCGCAGGCGGUGAGGCGGAUCAAGGCGGAGCAUCGGCUGCUGCUGACGGGCACUCCCAUUCAGAACAACGUCCUGGAGCUCUGGGCGCUCUUCGACUUCCUCAUGCCAGGAUUCCUAGGGACUGAGAAACAGUUCCAGGCGCGGUAUGGCAAGCCUCUACAGGCUGCACGAGACCCCAAGUGCACUGCAAAGCAAGCAGAGGCAGGCGCUCUGGCCAUGGAGGCCCUUCACCGCCAGGUGAUGCCAUUCAUUCUGCGCCGCACCAAGGAGCAGGUGCUCUCAGACCUGCCGCCCAAAAUCAUCACCGACAGAUACUGCCAGCUCAGUACGCUGCAGCGACUACUGUACGCUGACUUUUCCAAGUCCCAUGCGUCAGAGGAGGUGGUGACAGCAGUAACGGCAGCAGGCGGGGGAGCAGAGGAAGGAGGAGGGGAGCAAGCUUCAACCCAUGUGUUCCAAGCGCUGCAGUAUCUGAGGAAGCUGUGCAGCCAUCCGUUACUGGUGCUGGACCCCUCCCAUCCCCGCCACGCCGCUGCUCUCACAGCAGUUGGGGCCACGGGGGCAGCAGCAGAAGCCGGGCAGAGAGGAGGCAGCAGCAGUGGUGCUGGCAGCAGCGGAGGGGAUGGUGUUGGGGACGUGCAUGACAUAGUGCACGCACCUAAGUUGGUUGCUCUGAGAGAUAUUCUGCUGGAGUGUGGGAUAGGAGGAGGAGGGGAGGGUAAGAGUGGAGGGGAUGUGGGAGGUGAGGCCAGCGAGGGCAAUCACCGUGUGCUCGUGUUCGCCCAGCUUAAGGUAUCCUUGUCAUCUCAAAUCCUUCCGGGUGUCUACUUGCCCCCAUCCCCCUUACAGUCAUUCCUUGAUAUUGUGGAGGAGGACCUCUUCAAGAAACACAUGCCUGGUGUGUCCUAUCUGCGCAUUGACGGGUCGGUGGAGCCGUCGCGGCGUUUUGACCUGGUCAAGGCCUUCAACUCAGACCCAACGAUCGAUGUGCUGCUCCUCACAACUCACGUUGUCAUUGCCCCCUCUGUCACUCGACCCUCAAGUGCUGUUCUUUCCCCCUCUCCCUCUUCACUCUCCACGGAAUCCCUCGUCACGCGCUUCUUUCCUCUGCUCUCAUUCAUUCGUUCAUUUCCCCCCCUUACAGUCGGUGGCUUGGGGCUGAACCUAACAGCAGCGGACACAGUGGUGUUCUUGGAGCAUGACUGGAACCCAAUGCGGGAUCUUCAGGCCAUGGAUCGAGCCCAUCGCCUGGGCCAGAGGCGGACGGUGAACGUGCACAGAGUGAUCAUGGCGGGCACGCUGGAGGAGAAGGUCAUGGGGCUGCAGCGCUUCAAGCUCUCCAUAGCCAACGCAGUGGUCAAUGCUGACAACGCCAGCCUCAAAUCGAUGGACACGUCGCAGCUCUUAGACCUCUUUAACGCUGGCCCUCCUGCUGCCAGUGCUGGUGCUAAGCAGAAACCAGCAGACUCAUCUUCAGAUGCAGCUGUGGCAGCAGCUGGAGGAGGGAAGGGACUGAAAGCUGUGCUUACUGGCUUGGAAGAUCUCUGGGAUGAGUCGCAGGCUUACGUCAGCAUGAAGACGAUCCUAGCGUCCGAGACGAUGGACAUUCCUAAGGACGUGAAGCUGGAGAUUAAGGCGAAGAAGGUCCGCGUGACUGGGCCACGUGGCAAGCUGUUUAGGGACUUCCGUCACCUGAACCUCGAUUUCCAAAUCGUCGAGGAGGGGACGAAGCUUAAGGUCGAUGCGUGGUUCGGCACGCGCAAGACGAUGGCGUCGAUUAGAACGGCCAUCAGCCACGUGCAGAAUCUGAUCAAGGGCGUGACGGUGGGCUUUAAGUACAAGAUGCGCCUGGUGUACGCUCAUUUCCCCAUCAACUCGAGCAUCAGCAGCUCCGCCGACAACAUUGAGAUCCGAAACUUCCUGGGCGAGAAGAAGGUGCGCAAGGUGGCGAUGCUGGAGGGCGUGACGAUAACGCGGUCGGAGAAGGUGAAGGACGAGCUCAUCCUCGAGGGCAACGACAUCGAGCUCGUCUCCCGCUCCGCCGCGCUCAUCAACCAGGUGUGCCACGUGAAGAAGAAGGACAUUCGGAAGUUCCUGGAUGGCAUCUACGUGAGCGAGAAGGGCAACGUUGUGGAGGAGGCCUGA